GUUGCCGGUCCGCUGCAGCGUGCGCGGGGCGAACUAGCCCCACAUGGCCGCGCCGCCGGCUGCUCGACGCCCGGGCCUGGGGCAGGCUGCGGCUCGGGCUCCGGCUCCGACGCGGACACGGCGAGCGGCGGCAGGAAGAGGCGGUGGCGGCAGCGGCCCGAGGCGGUGGCCGGCGCUCUCCCGGAGCAUAGGUGAGCCCAGCCUAGUGCAUGGCCAUCCGCACGCGGCCGCCUCCGCGGAGGGACACGCGCCCGCGGGCAGCCCGGGGGUCGCCGCCCCCACAAGUUUCCGGGUCUCGACCGGUGUGAGGCGAGAAAAGCCCCGGCGGCGCGCCCGGCUGAGAUUAAGCGAGGCCUGCGUCUCCCGCACGCACCCCACGCCGAGAACCGAGGAAACGCGGAGAGAAAGCCACGGCCGCUCGUCUCCCCACCUCGCCGGAGGGCGCCUGAGGGGCGGGGAGCGGGAAGGGGCGCCGGGCGGAGGGCAGCAACCUCGCAGCCUAGAAUUUGUUUUCGCUUUCAGCCCUCGGCGCAGCGGACGACGGGAGUUGUAGUUUAAGCCGCGGCAGGAAGUCCUCGUGCAGAGGGCGGGGACGCCUGGGUCGGCCUACCCGGAGGGGAGGUGCCCCACGGGCUCGCGGACUACAAAUCCCUACAAUGCUAGCGGUGCCGAACCUAGAACUGCCUUCGCGCUUCCCAGGCCGCGUCCGCGAGCAGGCCCGAGGGUGUCUGUCGCUUACGCCGCUGACCUGCGCGCGCUGCCCCGCCCUCCCGGCGAGCCUCCCGCCCUGAGCGCCGUGGGGCGGCGGAAAGCGCGCGAGCGCAGCUUGCGUGCAGUUGCUAGGGGCUCAGUGGCGGUGCCGCCGGCCCUUUGUGUAGUUCCAGAGGACGCACCUGUCCGCACCCCACUCAGGGCCUCCCCUCCUAGCGUUUUCUUAGGGGUGGCUAAACGCUUAGAGCAGAAAACCGGGCACCUCACCCGAGGCCCUUGGAGCCGCCAGCCUAAGCCAUUUUGACCCUCAAUGAAGCGUUGACAGUUGAUUGAAAUUGGGACAGCUCACACUCUGACAAGAUCUGGCUUUGCCAAGGGCAUGCCUGCUCAUUCUGUCACAGCAGCUGCGCUCUGCCACACAAAGAGCUGUCCCUGUUAGAAGAAAUUACUUCUUUUUUUUUUUUUUUUUUUUUUUUUUAAUUCGGUGAUAACGCUACGGGGAAUCCGACCUGAGCAGUCCAAUUGGGUUUGCGAAUCCGGAACUUAACCUCUUGGGACGUCAGAAUUUUAUUUUACUAGCAUACAAUAGCAUCUCGUAUCAUUUAAAUUUAUUAGAACUUCGGUCUUGACGUUGUGUUGGAAAAAGAAAAGUGGUAAAUUACCUUAGGUUUAAAGGUGUAGGCAUUCUUGGGAAUGGUGCCAAGACAUGCCAGGUGGUAGGAUUGCAACACGUUACUUAAAAUGUAAGCUAUUAAUAUUUAAAUAUUCCUAUAAAUGUGCUAUUUUUAGAAAAUAUAUCGCAAGCUAAAUAAUUUUUUUUUUAAAAAUCCUUGACCCAAAUUUAAAAUGUUUACUUGUACAGGGGAAACACUUUGAGAAAUCCAGGGUUUUGUUUUUUGUUUGACUUAGUUUAAGAGGCAUACUCCAUAUACCCCAGUCAGGCUUUGAACUUGCCAUAUAGCCAAAGAUGACCUGGAAUUCCUGGCCAUCUUGCCUCCUGCCACCCUCCCCAAAUACUAAGAUCACUGGUAUGCCACCACAUCCUGUUCUGUGUGGCACUGGGAAUGAAACUCAGCUUCAUGCAUGCUAAACAAGCAUUCUACCAGCUGUGCUUCCCCAGGUCCAAAAUGAAUUCAACCUUGUAGACCUAUAGUUUCUUUUACUAAUAUCUAAACUUGUGCUUUAAAUACAUUUCCUAAAGUGAGUAGGUACUAUAUGAUCAAUUAACAGACUGUGUGUGCACAGAGAAGGCAAUGCCUUCUGAUACUGGUUUUGAUAUUCCUUCAAUAAGAAAUUAUGGGACUAACUUCAUAUCCCAUAUGUAUUUGUGGGGAAUAUGUAUAAAGGUUAACAUUACAUUGCUCAUAGCUUGAUAAUUUUUAAAACUUUCAAAAUUUGUUCUUUGUGAUUGAAAUGUGCAAGAUUGCAUUGCAUUAAUUUUCUCAUCCUUCAAAUAAAAUCUUUGCUCAAUUUAUAUGCA